AUGGUUGUAACAAGGCAAGGCACCGUCACCUCUCCAGCAGGACCAGAAGCAGUACCUUCAGGUGCAACUGCUGGUGCAGCGGGAGCAGGGAAAGCCCCCACUGGUCGAAGCCCCCAUAGAGCCGCCGCCAAGCCAAACGCACCCUCGGCAAAAAAGCGAGGGACUCCCUCCCCUGCCCAGAAGGGCGCCCGGGCUAAAGGUCGCAUGGCUGAUGCUUCUCCCGACCAUUCGCCGCGAGCUGCGGGAGGGAGAAGGGCAGCAGCACCACGAGUCCAGCUAGCCAGUAAGGCUGAAGUGCUGGGGGACUCCAAAGUCUCAGGCCAAGGCAGAGAGACUACUACAGAGAGGCCGCUGUACAAGGGGGGCAUUCUGGCAGACAGACUGCAGACGGGGCCCCUUCCCUUUGUGAGGGGUAUGAGCAACAUGGGCAACUCCGACGAUGAAAGCGAUGAAGAGGACGCCGAGAAGGCUGACGCACACAAUAAGAAAUCAAAUGUCACGCCUCGUGAGCCUUCUUCCAGCUCAAACAGACGCACAGCAGCAGCCGCAACAUCAGGAGUGACAAGGCAAAGCAGCAGCAGACGGCUGGUACAUGCUUCAUCGAGGCCUGAGCAGAGUGAGCGUGGUGAAGCAACCUCAGAUUUCGGAAAUCAAGCACAGAACAGCCGCGAGAUCAUCCGCAGCAGCAACGACAGCAGCAACGGCAGCAGCACGAGCAGCAGCAGCCGGCUUUCUGAGGGCAAGCUGGCUCAGCUACUGCUGACGUACUUUUGCUACGCCUCUCUAUAUUUGACGCGCAAACCGUUUGCAUCGUGCAAGAGAGAAUUGGAGCUGCAGCUGGGGUUCACUGCUACAGCUUUGGGAGGUGUAGACAGCGCUUUCUUGGGAGCUUAUGCGGCUUCACAGCUGCUGCUUGCCCCCGCCUUGCUCGGGAACCCGAGGGGCCCCACAUGCACCACCAUCCUCUCAGUUGCCUAUGCUGUAAGUGCAUGCUGCUGCUUCCUUAUUUACCUGCUUCCGGAUCAGCACCUGUCUCUCCUAUCUAUUUUGUUGCUCUGGGGCAUCAACGGGGCUGCCCAGGCUCUGGCGUUUCCUCUCACUGUGGCCACUUUGUCGUCCUGGCUUUCCAGCAGGGAGCGUGGGGGGAUCCUCGGCGUUUGGACAACAUGUCAGCAAGUCGGAAGCAUCUUCGCUAGCUACCUAACGGCUGAAUUAUUGUCCGCUCAGCCUGCUAAUGUGCUGGCUGCUCCGUUUGAGGACUUCUUCCAGGGGCAUUCCAACAAGGAGGCCCACAAGUGGCGUCUUGCUUUCCUCGUACCCGCGAUUUGGGUGUUCGGCUGUGCCAUUCUUCUCGGACGGUGCCUUCGCAGAGCCCCUGCAGGUCCCGCUUCCGUGAAGGCUGGCUCCGCGCAGCAGGCUGAGCAGCAGCAGAAGGCCUUGUUCUCGCGGGUACUGGGGUUUGCUACUUUGCGGAGGCUCUGCGCCGCCUACUUCUGCGUAAAACUCGUCAGAUACUCUCUUCUUUAUUGGCUACCCUACUACUUGGAAAAACAAGCAGGACUGACUGCGUCGGCGGCAGGUGUGACACGAGGGUGUGAGAUUGGAGAUUUAGGAUACACAGUGAAAAAUAUUUGGGAUACCUGGCUGUCCGACAGGUACCUGCGGGGCCGUCGCCUGCUGCUGCUGUCUCCUCUUUGCUGCAUUGCCGGAGCUUCAGUGGCGUUGUUGCACUACUCUGUUCUUUGGGGGCCCCCCGAAGAUCUUUCUCUUGUCCCGCAAGCGGCAUUGCUGCUUGCUGGAGCAGCCAUUGCAGCUCCGGACUCAGUAUUGGGGGGAGCAGCAACGGCCGAUGCCUGCGCAGAGGAGGCGGGAGCCUCCGAUGAGGUCCUAGCAGCUGCAGCAUCUUGUGCGCUUCAAAAUACGGGACUCUUCCCGGCCCUGCUACAGGCACAGCCAAAGCUCAGAAAAUGUAGAAACAGACAGAUACAGGCAUAG